AUGGCAUCGCUCGCGCUCAGCGCCGCUUCAGGCGCCAUCUUUGGAUCCGCAUUGACCGCGUCUGGCGUCUACGCACCGUCGGUCAUUAUUUCUCAAAUGGGACUUUCGAAUUUUCACAUGCUGAAGUCCUUCCUUGCUGCCAGUGCGUGCAGUGCGCUCAUUGUGGUGGGUGCCAAUCGCUCAGGCUACGCGCACCUCGCGCCUCGAACAGACUCCUCUUACGGCUGGUUCAUGAGAUACGAUGCCAACGUCGUCGGCGGUCUGCUGCAAGGCGUUGGAAUGACCCUGACCGGUGCGUGUCCCGGCACAGUUCUGGUACAGAUGGCACUGGGCAUUCAGUCCUCCUGGAGAGUCGCAGUUGGGGGUCUCCUUGGUGGAAUUGUCUUUGCGAAAUCCGGCGAUGCCAUCAAACGCUCACACCCGCCGAACACAGGCACAGGAAAACACACGGUCCAGGCAAAGACGGGCCUCUCUACCCCACCUGUUGUCUUCAUCUACGAAGCUCUAUGCGUCCUUAUGAUAACCGCGGCCAAUUACCUUGCGCCUACACGAAAACACUGGCUGCAUCCGGUCUUGGGCGGGCUUCUCAUUGGUCUUGCUCAAGCCACUUCGGUGCUCUUUACCCGCAAAACCCUCGGUGUGUCGAGCGCGUAUCAAGACAUUGGCAAGUACUUUUGGAGCGUCUUGGAAGGUAAGGCAGGUCCAGGGCUAUCGAACAUCGUCUUCGCUGGCGGCGUCAUGGCAGGGUCCAAGAUCAUUUCCCAGUAUGUCCCGAUCGCCGCGGACAGCGUUGCAGGGGUAAGUACCCCUGCGGCUGUGGCUGGAGGCUUUGCCAUGAUCUUCGGCGCCAGGCUAGCUGGAGGAUGCACCAGCGGACACGGCAUCAGUGGGAUGUCGACGAUGAGCUUCAGUAGCUUUAUUACUGUGGCGGCCAUGUUUGGAGGAGGCAUCGCGGCGGCUUUCCUGAGUCGAUGA